AUGUCAGCAAAUCCAUUUUCUGAAACGAUUCCAUUUCGUCAAGGAAAUCCUGCUCAUCUUUUGAAUUGUAUGAGUUUAGAUGAUGGAGAUGCAAUUCUAUUAGAUGAACAAGCAUUGAGAAUUUUGAAAGAAAUUGAAGAACCUAUUGCCGUUAUAACUGUUGGAAAGUCAUAUUUUGCAAAUACUCUUCUCGGCCGACACGAUGGAUUUGAACUUGGUUCAUCGGUGAAUGGAUGCACCAAAGGUAUCGAUAUCUGGAAUACACCAUUCUACCAUGAUGGCAAACGCGUGGUAAUUAUUGACUGUGAGGGUAUUAAUGAUCCUAAUCAGGAAGUUCCAUGGGCCAACAAGCUUUUUGUUUUAAGUCUGGCAAUAUCUUCAACUCUUAUUUACAAUAUUAAUGGAAUUAUUGGAAGAGAUGAUAUUGAAAAGUUGUUCUUAAUGACUAAAAUCGCAUCUUUAAUCCAACCUCCAAAUGAGUAUAACUUUUUGCCAAACCUGGUGGUUCUCCUUAGGGAUUUUCAACUAGAUAGUCCGCCUGACUUUGUGGAGUAUUUUCUUGACAGAUUAUCAAAAGUUAAUGAAGAUGCCGCGAAGGAAAUUACCGCGUUUUUUAAAAAGUUCCAAGUGUACGCAAUUCCAGAAACAAUGAGAAAUAUGAGCACAAUUAAGACCGAACAACUAGAUCCUAUUUUUGUUACUAAAGUUGAAGAAGCUGUAACAAAUAUUUUUGAAGAAUUGCCUCCAAAAUAUCUUAAUGCUUCACCGAUGACGGGAGUAAAUUUUGCAGAAUUUCUUGAAAAAUGUGUUGCACAAAUAAAUGACCCGACAAAUACGAUGUUAUCGAUUCCAAGUGCGUACAAAGCUACGAUUAAUUAUGCUGCUCACAAGGCAUACGAAACUUGUCUUGAAAUUUAUGAUGAAAUGAUGAACCAAAUGAGUAUUAUCGGGUUUCCAAUUCAUUGGGAUAAGUUUGAGGAUGUUCAUGCUGUCGCGUUUGAAUUUGCGCAUAAACAUUUUAUUCAACAAAUCGUUGGAAGCGCGGAUCAAAUCCAAUCUUUUCAAAAAACAUUUUAUGAUAAGAUUAUCGAUUCUAAGGAUAAAUUUUAUAAAGAAAAUUCUAUUGCCUUAAGAGAGCAUCAUGAAAAUUGGGCUGAUAAACUCUGGAAAGAGAAUGAUACGGAAAAUUUUGAAGAUGCAAUCGAGUUAUUUGAGCAAACUUAUGGAACUAUAGCAAUUCGAGGGCAGGAAGCUGCACAAGUGUUAAAUGAUUUUAAAGCUAAUCAAUAUGAGGAUGCGAUUAAAAUUUUGAAUAAGUAUGAUGCUGUGCGUGAUGAUCGAGCAAGUGAAAUAUUAGAACGACAACAUACUGAACGAAAAUAUUAUGAAAUUUUACAAGAAGAGGGCGAGAUAUUAACAGAAAUCACCAAUGCUAGUAUUGAAAAUGAAACAAUUCAAGUUCAAUUUGAAGAAAAAGUAAAGACCAUAGAAGAUUGCCUUCGCAAUCAGGAAGAACAAAAUAUUCAAAUAAUUAAUGAACAGAGAUGGCAGAAUAAUCAAAUAAUCAAUCGAUUAGUAGAUGAAAAUAAUCGAAUGAUCAAACUAGUAGAUGAUUAUAAUCGAAUGCUUAAUCAAAUCAGAGAGGAUCAUCAAAAAAAAAUUGAUAAUUUGCAAAAUCAACUCAACAAAAAGAUGCAAAAGAAAACUGAAGUUAUGGAUGUAGUUAAGGAUGUUGCUAUAGUUAUUGCACCACUUAUAGUCAAAUGCAUGUUAAAAUAA